ACGUUUACAUCAAAAAAUUUCUCAACAUGCCAGUCAGUUUAUAUCUGCCCGUAUCUCAGAACAAUUGUCAAUAAUUAUCAGUUCAUAAUCUCUAUUCAAAUAAAGCAACAGGCAUUUAACUGUACCAAGUAUUUGAAUCUUAUAAAACUUUGUACAUAUUAUUGCUAUAAAAUUAAUAUAAUUAUCUGUUCAACUGUAAUCGUCGAGAGAUAAAAAUGGAUAGAUGGAGAGGAAAAAUAGCCGUAGUGACUGGUGCAUGUUCUGGGAUCGGUCGCGCAAUAACAGUAUCUUUAUUGUGUAAGGAAAUAAAUGUAAUUGGUUUGGAUAUUAACGUGCAAGAAUUUACAAAAAUAAAAGAAAAAGUUUCAAGUACACCGCGCGCUGGAUUUUUUAAUGGAAUCGAGUGUGAUAUUUCUCGAAUCAAAGAUAUCAGUGACGCUUUCGAUACUAUUGAGAAGCAAUUUUCGGGUGUUGAUAUACUGAUAAAUAAUGCUGGAGUCAGUGAUUACAGACGAAUAUUUGAUGCUGACAGAGAAAGCUUCGAAAGACUAUUAAAUAUCAAUGUCCUGGCUGUUGCUACGUGCACAAGAGCUGCCAUUCAAUCGAUGCGAGACAAAGGAGUUCAAGGACAUAUUAUCAAUAUCAACAGUGUUCUCGGUCAUGAAAUUCCAAUGAAAGGUCUAUCAGAGAAAGACGGGUCAAAUAGUUAUAAUUUAUAUCCAGCCUGUAAACACGCGACAGUAGCUAUGACACACUCGAUACGUCGUGAAUUAUCCGAAGCUAAGCUCGGGAUUAAAAUAACAAGCAUAAGCCCAGGUCUGGUUAAAACAAAUAUAGCAAGUAAGACAAAUUUAAAAAAUCUCUUUGAUGAAAUUCCAGCUUUGGAACCAGAAGAUGUUGCUGAUGCUGUACUAUAUGCUCUUGGCACACGGCCUCAUGUACAAAUUUCAGAAUUAACGAUUCAAAGAACUGGAGAGCCGUAAAAUUAUAAAGAUAACGAUGUUAGUAUUAAAUAAAAUCAUAAAGAAUGAAAGAAAUGAAUUGAAGCAUACUAGAGAAGUAAUAAUAAUUUUGUUAACACCAAGAGCUUGAGAUAAUUUAUAUUAAACGUGUAUAGCUGGUAUGAAAGAAGUAAGUAUGCAUGAUAUCAGUGAAAGGUGAAAUCGUACACGUGAGUAGAAGCGACAGUUAAGGUGUCAAACAAGUUCCUGAGAGUUUCGGAUAGUUCUGAGAGAUCAAGAGAAGUGCGUCGCUUUAUGGGAUUCUCAAGUAUUACGAUAUCUCUGUGCAAUGGGAUCAAACUCAUAGUAUAGUGUGGAGUGUGGUAUAUAUAUAAGAUUCUACUCCCCUUUAUCGUUUCUGUGAAUCUCAAACGCUUAAAUUUCCCGAGUUUAGAUAGAAAGAGAGAGGGAGAGAGAGAGAGAGAGAGAGAGAGGCCAACUGUAGAAAGCUCAUGGAAUAUAAUAGAAAUUUAAAUACUUCUUAUCAUAAAAUUAUUGCCAAUUUAAAACUUUCUUGUAGUCAUAAAUUAUUUUCCGAUCCCAUAAAGCUUAAUCUAGAGCUAAGAUUAGCUCACAAUAUUUAUAAAGAAGACA